UCUGUUUAUACACACUAGUUUUCUUUUCUUGAUUACGGAAACAGUUGGAUGUUUUAGACAAGCAUGUUUCCUUUCGAGUUGUUUAAUCAUUGAAAAAGAAGCAACAAAAAAAAAAAGGGAGAGACACGUCAUAUAAACAAGAAAAAAAAUGAUGUUUAUGUGACAUUCAUUUUAUCUUUUAUAAAUAUAAAAUGAUUUUGGGUUGUCAUCUCUUAAUUCUUAUUUUGUGAUCUGGGAGUAUUAAUCAAAAAAAAAACACUAUAUCAAUGCUGUUGGUAUCUCUUUUUCUUCUGUCAUUAGAUAUUUGUCUAUUUAUUUGGCAUCUGAUCGAGUUAAAGGCGGUAGAAGAGAAGAUCGUGCGUUUGUCUUAUUGCACUGAGUUGUUGCUAUUACUUGUGACCUUGUCAAGCAGAAAAUAAAGGAUAAAAGAGACAGAGAGAGAGAGAGAGAGGGGCAAAAAAAAGAAAGAGCGACGAACGAACCACCAGACUCAACAUGCAAAUAAAUAAUAAUAAUAGCAAUAAUCGUCUUCAUCACACAUCCAGUGAUUGGAUAGAAGAAAAGAAAAUAUAUAAGAAAUACCAUGGAUUUACUAAAGUAGCCAGAUUAUGAGCUUAGAAUAUCUUAUGGCAUCAAGUCGUCAUGGUUGUUUUUUCUAAUAAAAACUAAAGAAAACGGAAAAUAUGACUAAGUAUUAGAUUGUUUGAGCAUCGUCGUAGUUAACAGCUCCUCAUUUGUCAGUUUGUUUAUUGUCAUCAUGUUCGGUAAUAUUAAAUGUUCUGUCAUAUUGUAUAUAUAUACAUUGUCACAUAAAAUGUCUGUUUACUUUUGUUUUGUUUUGCUUUUAUAUUUCUAUUAAAAAUAAUUUUUUAAAGGUAAAUCUUUGCAUAUAAUUAUCUUUUUUUCUUAUCUUGACACAUAAAAACAGCUGGAACAUGUUUUUCAGUUACUUCUAUUUUCAUCUUUGAAUACGUUAAUCAUUCUGGCAAUUUGACAAGUUGAAUAUGAAUAUACUACUUAAUUUAUAUUACUUUUUCAAUAAAUAAUAAUAAAUGCAAACUAUAUAUUUAUUCUAUAGAAAGUCUUUUUUAAUAUUUUCUUCUAUGACAGUAGGUCGAAGACAAUUAAUGUCACAACUCAUCGGUUGUCUCGUAAAAAGUAUUGAACAAACUUAUCUUGAGAAGUUUAUAGAAAAGGAAAAAAAAAACUAUAAAUAUCUUGUUAGAGUAUAUCAAUUAUGGAUAUCAAGAUGAGAAUUUUUUUUAUUAUUAAAAAACAUUUUAAGAAAGAAGAAAAAAAACUGUUAAAGAAUCACUUUUUUUUUGAUUAUGAAUGUCAAUAAAAAAAAAACCUCUGCUUUGUUAACCUUUAUUUACUGUAUAAUUGCACUCUUUUCUCUCACAACAUUUAUGAAACGUAAUAAGAUUAACGUUCUUUUUUUAAACCAAACAAUAAUUUUUCUUUUCUUAUGAAAUUUUUUUACCUAUUAUUUUUCUCAAUUUAUUUUUUAUAAUGUAAUUCAAUGCAUUAAUAUUUCAUUUACUGAAAAGAGAGAAGAAGAAAACGACCGCGCUUUUUGCUUCAAGCUCACGCUGCGCAACUUAUAGUGAUGAAAGAGUAUUUUUGGAUUUUUGCCUAUAUAUAUGAUCUAUGUAAAACUUUGUGAGUUAUUAAGCAUUUUUUUCAUAUGAAAAAAGAGAAAAACCGAUGCUGUGCAUAAAUUAAUUGUUUAAUUUGAUUUUUUUUUUCUUUUGUAGAAAUUGAUUAUUCAACAGUUCGUCGUAUGCCACCUGUUAAACUAAGUGGACAAACACAAGGAACACCAAUGAAUCCAAUGUCUAUUUCAACAUCUUUACAAGAUAUCAAUGCACUUAAACAAAAUUUUACAUGGAACGCUAAUGAUAAAGAUGAACCAUUACUUAGUGCUGCUGGUCGACAAUUGAGUUCAUCUAUAAGUGAUGAACGUGUCUUUGAACAUCCAGAAGUAACUAUAAAACCAUCAUCACUUGAUGAUGAACUUCAACGACGUUCAUUAACAAUGAAAAUAUCGAAUACAAGCGAAAAUCUUGUUGAACGUGAGGGUGGUGGUACUAGUGCACCAAAUAUACUUGAACAUCCUGAUAUGCGUUCACCUGUUGUUUUGCAAACACAACAAUCAUCAUCGCCAUCAUUCUCAUCAAUAAUUCAAACUAAUUCUAAUCAAGUUACACGAACACAAUCAGUUGACCUUAAAAAAGCAACUAAUCGAACACCAUCACCAAGUAAUCGUGUCAAUUUUUAUAUUACUGAUGAUCAUGAAAAUUCCAAACGAUCCGGUUCAUUUUCUGGCGGUAAUCUUGAAAGUCCAGGUGAAGAAAAAAAUGAAGAUCUUUCUUCAUUAACACAUACAGAAAAUUUCCCUCGUGAAUAUUCAGAUUCAUGCUCAAAAUCGAAUAUUCAUCCAAUAAAAGCAAAAAAGAACGAUUCUUGGUGA